AUGUCCGCUGACUCGUACUCCGGCUCCGAUCCCUCCUUCUCCAUGUCUGCCUAUAUGGUUCCCGAGGCCGACCGCUCAUAUGAGACCGACGAUGAUCUCGCUUCCCUCCCUUCCGAAUCUACCACCGAUACCGAUCUAGAUACCCUCUCCGAGUACUCGGAAUCAGAUGCCGAGGCCGAGUGGCGCGAAAGUAUCGAGCAGCUAGAGCUGCUUCUCAGCAUGGUCCUGGUGCCGUUCAUUGGCAAGUAUUUUGGCCGCCGUUGUGCCUACUGGAGUUGGACCAGGUUCAUGCAAUGGAAGUACCCGGUCGAGGUCGUCAUGCAGAACCCGACUCUCUUUAAGGGAACCGGCGCAAUCGUGGCAGCCGCCAGCCUGUGA